AUGACAGAAAGUAAUUUUUCGUUGAAGAAGAUAGAAAUUAGUGUUUCAGAAGCAGAAAAGCGAACUGGAAGAAAUGCCAUGAACAUGCAGGAAACAUAUACUGCUUACCUCAUUGAAACAAGGUCAGUUGAACAUAGUGAUGGUCAGAGUGUCCUAACAGACUCACUGUGGAGGCGGUGUAGUGCAUUUGAGUGGUUGAGAAACUACCUUUUAGUUUACUAUCCACAUAUUGUUGUGCCACCUCUACCAGAAAAAAGGGCAGAAUUCGUUUGGCAUAAACUCUCUGCUGACAACAUGGACCCGGAUUUUGUGGAAAGACGACGAAUUGGUUUAGAAAAUUUCCUCUUGAGACUUGCUUCACAUCCCAUCCUUUGUAGAGACAAAAUCUUCUAUUUGUUUUUAACACAGGAAGGCAACUGGAAAGAGACAGUAAAUGAAACUGGAUUUCAGCUGAAGGCAGACUCCAGGUUAAAAGCGCUUAAUGCAACAUUCAGAGUGAAAAACCCAGACAAGAGAUUUAUUGAACUAAAACACUAUAGUGAUGAACUCCAAUCUGUCAUCUCACAUCUCCUUCGAGUCAGAGCUAGAGUAGCAGAUCGACUAUAUGGUGUGUAUAAAGUACAUGGGAAUUACGGGCGAGUUUUCAGUGAGUGGAGUGCCAUAGAAAAAGAAAUGGGUGAUGGACUGCAGAGUGAGUGCUGGUCAUCAUAUGGAUGUGUAA